UUCAAAAUGCACGUUAUUCUCCCUACAAGACAUGUCAUACGUUCCAUCAUCCACAAAACCUUAAUCCAACAAAAACAACACCAUCACCAACUAAAACUUCUUCUUCCAACUCAUCCUUCAAACUCACUACAUGUUCUCAGCACAUUCAUUCCCUCUAACAACAAUCUCCAACAAUCACUUCUACAAAUGGCCCUUUGUGGAUAUGACAUGAACUUCCAAGAAUACAACACACUCUUGAACGAGUGUGUGAUCAGAAGAGCAUUUAGGGAAGGGCAAAGGGUACAUGCCCACAUGAUCAAAACCCGCUAUCUUCCUGCAGUGUACCUCAGGACAAGGUUGAUUGUGUUCUACGCUAAGUGUGAUUCCUUGGCAGAUGCCCACCGGGUGCUCGAUGAAAUGCCUGAACAGAAUGUGGUCUCGUGGACUGCCAUGAUUUCUGCGUAUUCUCAGAGAGGGUAUGCCAUUCAAGCCUUGAAUCUUUUUGUACAGAUGUUAAGAUCAGGUACAGAACCUAACGAGUUCACUUUUGCUACUGUACUUACUUCUUGUACAGGUUCUCUGGGAUUCUUCUUGGGGAGGCAAAUCCACUCCCUUAUCAUAAGAUUAAAUUACGAAGUGCAUGUUUUUGUUGGAAGUUCACUCCUUGAUAUGUAUGCUAAAGAUGGUAAAAUUCAUGAAGCUCGAGACAUAUUUGAAUGCUUGCCAGAAAGGGAUGUAGUUUCUUGCACUGCUAUAAUCGCUGGAUAUGCUCAACUGAGUUUGGAUGAGGAAGCACUGGAGCUGUUUCGCCGGUUACAGGGGGAAGGAAUGCAAUCCAAUUAUGUUACUUACACUAGUGUCUUAACUGCGCUUUCUGGACUUGCUGCUUUAGAUCAUGGGAAGCAAGUGCACAACCAUGUUCUUCGCGCUGAACUUCCAUCAUAUGUGGUUCUCCAAAAUUCAUUGAUUGACAUGUACUCAAAAUGUGGCAACCUCACUUAUUCUAGAAGAAUUUUCGAUACCAUGCAUGAGAGAACAGUUAUCUCUUGGAAUGCAAUGCUGGUUGGUUAUAGCAAACAUGGAAUGGGAAGAGAAGUGCUUGAGCUUUUCACUUUAAUGAGAGAUGAAAACAAAGUCAAGCCUGACAGGGUCACAAUUUUGGCCGUUUUAUCUGGCUGCAGUCACGGGGGACUGGAAAACAAGGGGAUGGAUAUAUUUUAUGAUAUGAUCGAUGAAAAAAUCGCAGUUGAGCCAGAGCCUGAGCAUUAUGGUUGUGUUGUUGAUUUGCUUGGUCGUGCUGGUCGGGUAGAAGAAGCUCUUGAGUUCAUAAAAAAAAUGCCUUUUGAACCAACAGCCGCUAUAUUGGGUUCCCUUUUAGGUGCUUGCAGAGUUCAUUCAAAUGUUGACAUUGGUGAAUUUGUGGGGCGUCGUCUUCUAGAGAUCGAACCUGGGAAUGCCGGAAACUAUGUUAUUCUU